AGAGGAGAGGAAGGAUGGAGGAACGACAAACAUAACCUCUUAUUCACGCUCAGUGUCUCUCACCCCUCUCUCCAUUUAAUACCCAAUCUCUCUCUCUCUCUCACUCUCAGCCUCUCUCUCUCGCCCUCUCUCUCUCUCUCUCGCUCUCCAUCAGUAUCUCUCGCUCCCCCCUCCCUCCCUCUCUCUCUCUCUACAUCUCUCUGUCGCCGUGGAGAGGAAAAGAGUGAAGACGUUCGUUCUUGGAGAUACUCAAGGAAAACAGGAAAAUAGCUGCUGCUGCUGCUGCUGGAUGUUAACACGCAGCGCUGCAUGCCUUAAAUAAAACACACACACACACACUUCCACACACACACACACACACACUCCGUGCUGCUGCAGCCAUGCCAGGAAUACCUGCUGAAUAUCUGCUGCUGCAUGGGACGUGAUGGAUACCACUUCUGCUGAUGGAAACUGACACCAGUGACAACGACGGAGGAUAAUAAUGAUGGAAGGCAGAGCGAUUCGUCCCCUGCCGGAGCCACAGCUUCCCUCAGCCGCCCCUCUGCUGCGCAGCGCCGCUCCCUGAAGGAUACAUCGACCUUGGCAUAUCACAGCGUGCAUGACAACCUGGCACGGGCCGAGCUGAAAGGUUGCCUCUCCUCGCCAAGAGCUGGAAGACAACGGGGCCAAAGCUUCGGGGACCGGGCGUCAGCAGAAAUCCAGUCUGUCUUGCUGCAGUAACAAAUAAGCUUUUAUUUGUGAAGUUAACGGCGCUAACAGCUGACUCCAUAAGGGCCAAUUACUGGCUGAAGGGAAUACGGGGCCAAGAUGAAGGAGGCGGCAGUUGUGGCUUGCUUGCUGGCUGAGCUGUCUCUAGCUGCUUUGGUCCUGGCCUCUGAGGGGGCCGCUCACUGCCCCGCGUUGUGUCGAUGCGAGAUCCGACCCUGGUUCUCGCCCAGCUCCACAUACACCGAGGCUGCCACUGUGGACUGUAAUGAUUUGGGGCUCUCGGCGCUGCCAGAGAGACUCCCCUCAGAGACGCAGGUGCUGCUGCUACAGACGAACAACAUCGUUAAUGUGGAGAAAACUUUGGAUUACUUGGCCAACAUCACUGAAAUCGACUUGUCUCAGAAUAACAUUUCCUCUGUGAGCGAUGUUUGUCUGGGGUCCCUCCCUCAGCUGCUGUCGCUCCACAUGGAGGAGAACUGGAUUCAGGAGCUUUCAGACGGCUGCAUCGCUUCCCUGCCCAACCUCCAGGAGUUCUACAUCAACCACAACCUGAUUUUCUCCAUCGGUGCGGGGGCCUUCCAGGGCCUGGGCCGGCUGCUGAGGCUCCAUCUCAACUCCAACCGACUCACAAGCGUCAACAGCCAGUGGUUCCAGCAGCUUCCCAACCUGGAGAUACUGAUGCUGGGAGAAAACCCCAUCCUGGAGCUGUCGGACAUGAACUUUAAACCUCUGGCUAACCUCAGGAGCCUCGUGCUCGCCAGGAUGAAUUUGACUGAAAUCCCCGACAAUACUCUGGUUGGUCUCGAGAGCUUGGAGAGCAUCUCGUUUUUUGACAACCUGUUUAAUCGAGUCCCACGAGCGGCGCUGACGAGAGUCCAGAACCUGAAGUUCCUGGACUUGAAUAAGAACCCCAUCGAGAGGAUCCAGAGAGGCGACUUCAUGGAUAUGAUGCAUCUGAAGGAGCUGGGCAUCAACAGCAUGCCGGAGCUCAUAUCCAUCGACAGCUUUGCCCUGAACAACCUGCCCGAGCUGACAAAAAUCGAGGCCACCAACAACCCCAGGUUGUCCUACAUCCACCCGAGGGCUUUCCACAAGCUCCCCAGGCUGGAGACCCUGAUGCUGAACAGCAACGCUCUGAGCGCGCUCCACCACAGCACCGUGGAGUCCCUGCCCAACCUGCGAGAGGUCAGUCUGCACAGCAACCCCAUCCGCUGCGACUGCGUCAUCCGCUGGGUCAACAUGAACAGGACGGCCGUCCGGUUCAUGGAGCCGGACUCCCUGUUCUGUGUGGAGCCUCCGGAGUACCAAGGCCGGCACGUCCGACAGGUGCACUUCAGGGAAAUGACGGAGAUCUGCCUUCCUCUGAUCUCACCUGCGAGCCUCCCAGAUCGGGUGGAGGUCGGCAAAGGGAGCUCGGUGUCGCUGCACUGCCGGGCUUUCGGAGAACCGGAGCCCGAGAUUUACUGGGUGACGCCGUCCGGUGACCGGGUCUUACCCGGAAGUGUGUCCGAUAAGUUCUACAUGCACCACGAGGGAACGUUCGACAUCUACGACGCCUCGGAGCAGGAAGCCGGCUCGUACACCUGCGUCGCCCAUAAUCUUGUCGGGGCGGAUCUCAAGUCUGUGACGGUUGCGGUGGACGGAUACCUCGCACAGCCUUCAAACCAACCUUUGCACGUGUAUAUCACAUCUGUCCAGGCUCAUUCUGUAAUGGUUUCCUGGGAGAGCACAGGUGGUUUGGUUUCACAACUCAAUUGGUCCAUUUUAGCCGAGGGCAGCAGCCUCUUGAUGCCAUUCAGAGCCAGGCUUCCCGCUGAUGUCAGAGAGUUCCACAUCAAACAGCUGAUCCCGUACACUCACUACCAGGUUUGUGUGGAGGUCGCUGUCGCCGCACCAUGGCCUGGAUACAGCAGGGACUGUGUUAACGUUACCACAAAGGAGGCCGCCGUCCUGAGGGAGGAAGCCGAGAACUGGGACGGUCUGGUGAUGGCUUCCUGUGCCGUGUUUUUUGUUGUGGUUGCCGUGUCUUGCUCUGUCAUCUAUACAUCUCUGUACAGCCAAGUGUUUUACAGGAAACUGAUAGCGGAUUCGGCUGAAACGCUGCUGAUUCCCAGCACUCACUCCUCCUCCUCCUCCUCUUCUUCUUCUUUCCUGGAAUUUGGUGUGACUGGGGUCAAGGUGAGGGCGACUGUAAUAGACUUACCGGACGACUCCAUGUAAGAAACGUCCUUGUCUGUAAAAGCACUUUGGGAUUAUGUGAAGUCGAAGGGUCACGGUCACGGGACAAUGUAAUUUACGUGCCCUCUUUUCGCCACUUUCAACGGGACGUUUUGCACUGGAAUUCCUGAACAACAAACACACAAUUUACAUUUACCGGCUGAAAGCAGAGACUUCUUUCUUUUGUAUUUCAAACUUGUGUCAUUAUAACAAGCUUAAAUCAGUCAGAUAUCUUGACUAUAAUCUACACGGCUACUGGUCAUUCAUGCAGUGCAGCCAGAGUAAAGCACAGCACAGGAACUACUCUGUCUUAAAUACCUUGUUGAGACGGCUUUGAUGUCUGCAAAAAAGCAUUUUCUUUGCUGUGUUACAUUAAAUGGUGCCAAGCGAAGAUAGUUUAUAACGGCAGAAAAAAAAAAAACCUUGUUAGUCUAGUGUACAAUAAAACCGACUAUAAUGUAUGCAGUUUUAUGAACAAAUACAUUUUUCAUUAAACCUGUGUGGUGUCUUAUAA